AUGCCUUCCACAACAACUACGCCCUCCUCCGCAGAAAUCGAGAACAAUAACCUCGUUCUAACAGCUCUCUUCAAACAAAUCGAUGUAGGCGGUCAUGGCACUAUCAACUUCAAACGUCUUGCCGAAGAUAUGUCGGUUGCUGGCGAAAAUGCUGCCCGACAUCGCUGGGCCCGAUGCAAGAAAAGCUUUACAAACACAAAUAAAACUCCCGGCACACCCGGCACACCCGGCACACCCGGCACACCGGGCUCACCUGCAGAUGUCAAGAACAAUAAUCUCGUCUUAAACGCCCUCUUCAAACAAAUCAAAGUCGGUAGAAUCGACCUCAAACGCUUGACCAAGGAUAUACCCGUCAAAGGAGAGAAUGCAGCACGACAUAGGUGGGCACGAGUCAAGAUUAGCUUUGGAUUUAAGGAAUUUGGGGGGAAUGAGGAAAAUUCGGAAAGCAAGGAGAAUAAUAAAGCCGCAAAGAGUCCUGUGAAGGUGGAAGCGAACACCAAAGUUGCUAGAAGGCAACUAACUGGUUCGCCGUUGAAGCACGAGGUUUCGGGGGAGGAAAGCGGACUAGGUACACCUAAUAAAGGUGGCAAGAGAAAGAUGAAGGAUGAGGAUUUGACUGAUGAGGAACAGAUGAUGAUGAAGAUGCCAGCGAGGAAGUUUCCCAAGAGGAAUUCGACAAAGGUGGUUAAACAAGAGCAGAAGUGGAGUGGCGAUGAUACCGAGGAGAGUGUGGAUGGUCAUAAUCAGGACGAGAGAAGUGUGUCUGGAUUUGAAGAUAUCGAUUACACUACGGCUGUCGAGAAUAAGAAAGGCAGAAUGGUGGAGCAGAGUAAUGAUGAGGAUUGGGAAGCUUAG